UAUAGCUGUUAGCACAUGAAAACUGUUAGUACCUACAUAUCUGGAUUCUCACCUAAAAUUGCGUUCAGCUAUCGGUUUUUGAUUUGACUCAAACAAAAGCCAUUGCUCUUUGGGUUUUUACUUUUGAGAUUUUUUUCCACACCGAAGUCUCCUUCUUCUUGGUUGGUUUCAUUGUCCGAAGGAAAAAUAACAACCAACCAAGAACAGCUAAGGAAAUUUUGUUCAAUUGAUUUGUUUUUCAUUUUUUUUUCCUUCUUAUUAAUUUUGUUCUUCUCACUAAAUAAAUUUUUUUUCCUCCCUCUCCAAGUAUAUUGCCCACUUGAUACAUGUAUUCUUCACUAAGGUUUGAGAUUCUAUAUAUGAUUUCAACAUUAAGAUGGCAAACAAAGUCAUAUGAUUAAAGCUAAAAUUUGUUCUCAAGAAAAUUUUAGUUGAAGAUUGAAAGCACCAGCACCUUUUUCAUUGGAAGGUUUCUGGUGCAAGUAUAUUGAGAGACUCAUCUAUAUAAUGUCGAUCAAAGCGAAAGGUUUCUUUAAAGGACUUAGAUACAUAUCCCAGAUUUUUGGAUUCUCAGCAGAAGAGAAAGAAGAAGAAAUCCAAAUUGGGAUGCCAACAGAUGUAAAACAUGUGGCACACAUUGGAUCAGAUGAUCCAGCACAAAAUGCACCAAGCUGGAUGACCGAGUUUAAAUCAGAAAAUGAGCCCUCUUCAGGAACAACAAAAGAAAAAGAAAAAGAAGGUGCAGCAGAAGGCAACAAAACAAGUUCCAAAGGUUCCAAAGUUAGACAUUUGAUUCCCAAGUCAAGACACCAAUCAAUCGACGGUGAUUCUAACUCAGCCAAGACCAAGACCGCACGUCGCAACCGCUCCUCGGAUCCAACCGCAGACUCUUCCAACAACGACUCCUCCGGUGGAUCCCGCCACCGUCGCCACCGCCGUGGCUCCACGCAGGGCUCCGAGUCACCCACCAAUGACACACCACCGACGGGCCCCAAACCUCGUAGGAAAACAAAGACUGCUACCUCUGAAGACAGCCCCGUAAAGAAGCCCUCUCCUAGAACCCGAAGGGCCUCUAAGGGAGAUUCUUUAUCUGAUAUCUCUCUUUCUCAAGAGUUGGGCUCUAGUCCUGGGCCUGAAUCUGGGCCCAUAGAGUAUAUGUUUUCCUAUCCAUAUUUGAAGCUUUAUGAAGUGAAUGCAGAAGCAGAGGCAGUCACAAAUGCAAAAGCAGAGGCAGUCAUAGAAUCAGAAACAGAAACUCAAGCAGAAGCAGAUGCAGAAGAAGAAGAUGCUGAUGCAGAAGCCGAAGCUACAGAAGUAGAUGCAGCAAAAGAAGAAGCAGAAGAAGCAGAUGCAGCAGAAGAAGCAGAAAAAGCAGAUGCAAAACCACCGGCACUUGGCCACUGA